AUGUGCGACUUUAUAGGAGUGACAAAGCGACCGUUGACCAUUCCACAUGAUUUCGUACCUUAUAUGGAAAAACACAGAUUAUAUGAAUUCUUUUAUGAAUUAGUGACGCAAUUAAUAAUCCAGCAGCCGGAAGAUCCAAUAGUAUUCAUGAAACAAUGCGUUCAACAUAUUAUACGAAAACGGGAUAUUCCCAGAGUUAUUCUUAUAGCUCCUCCAAAUUUUGAUAAAACGACUUUCGCAGAAAUUCUUCAGGAAAAAACUGGCAUUCGUCCUGUUACUCUAGAAGAUCUACAUGCUUUAUCUCCUACUAAAGUAUACUAUAUUCCAAGAAAUAAAAAGGAAGCACGUGCAAUACAAUAUAUCGGAGUGAUACCAACACAUGUGAUACAGAUUAUACUUCCGAGUACAGAAGACAAGAUUCAAGAAAAAAAUGAUACAAGACAAUGCAAUUAUAGAAGAACUCUUCGAGAUUUACGUGAAGUUUAUGCUAAUUUUUUGAUUGAAGUUGAAGCUGGUACUAAGACAAUUCAAGAUCUAGGAAAGAAUUGCGCGGAAUUAUUGAAAGUUAAAAGACAUUAUGGAGCUCCAUCACUCUUUCGCAUUGUACUCAUAGGUCCUCGAGGAUCAGGUCGUCGUUCUUUAGCAAAACAUAUAUCUGAGAGGUUUAAUCUUGUUUAUGUUGAUUUUAAUUAUAUUUUGGAACAAGCAUGUUUGCGAGAAACGGCUUUGAGUGAAAUGCUGCGACUAUGCGAACACAGAUGUGUACAGAAAUUCAAAUCAGAAGCGCAAAUACAAAUUAUCGAACAAUAUGUACUAAAGUCUGAUUGUCUCAAAAGAGGAUGGAUUUUGAUCGGUUAUCCUAAUACCGUAGAAGAAUUCAAAUUGCUAGAUAUGAUAUCUACACCACCCAACAGAGUAAUUGUUCUCAAAAUAAAUACUCAAAUAUGCGGAGAAAAAAUUGUAAAUCAUCAAUACGACAGUAUUAUUGGAAGCGAGCACAGUUCUACAUCAUGCGAAUCUUUCAUAACGGACUCAUAUUGUAAAUUGGAUAGUUAUUCCAAGGAUUAUGAGGACAUUAUUAAACAAGAUGUAGUUAUCCUUUGGGAGUACAAAAAAAAUAUAGAAGCUAUAAUGCAAUAUGCGGGAGAAACUGCGACUAUAAUUGAUGCGAUGGAUGAGAAAAAAUGUGUGAGAGAGAAACUAGAGGCCUGUCUGAUGAGACCAGCACCAUCUGCGAAACCCAGGAUUCCAUAUCUUCCUAUAAUCGAUCCAAUGAAUAUAGAAUUUGAUCCCGACGAUGAACCUGACCCAAGCAUCUUUGAUAAUAUACGUGCCCCAGAGCCUACAUAUUUUUUCAUUUAAAAAUCUCAUAAAUACAAUUAUCUUUGCGUAGAAAAAAAAAACGAAUAACUAUUCACUUUGUAACGUAUAUAAAGCACUCGAUUCUUUAAUCAUUGUGUAUACAUUUUAUGAAUUAUUUUUGCUCUUUUAAUAAAAUUGGGGUUUUUU